AUGUCUUCAAUCUCUACUCCUCGGUGCACACAUUCGUCAGCCUCUGUGGCUUGUUCACAAAAUGCCUCGAAGGCAGGCUUCAAAAGACCAGAUGCAAAACAACGCCUAGCAGCAACAAGGCCCCAGAAGCCCUCAAAGGUUGCUGAGUCAGAAUCAAUAUCAAUUGAUGAUCCUUGGACCUUUCCGGCGCCUUUGCUACUACCCGGUGACGACCUCAGUGAAGACCCUGAGUAUCCACCGCAGAGCUUCCAAGAAUGGCUUGAUGAAGAAGACCGCAACCCAGUGUCUGUGAAACGAAAAACGAUAUAUGUAGUCACUGCACCAGAAAUUGAGGAUGAAGUUCAAUUCAUGCGAGCAUGGGAGAAGCAGUUCGACGAAGAACAUCAAGUCACGAAACCGUCACCUCAGGCGAUCCUCGAUUAUCUACAAGCAUUUUACCAUGGCCUGCCUGUCAAGGGUUUAUCUCGACUAGCCCCUGCUUUCACCGUAUGGGAUGAGGAGCUCAAAAGCAAUCGAAAAUGUCGCCGGCCAAAAUAUGUCGCCUUAAAGUUUGGAAAUGAAUGUAUUCGCAUCCGUACCCGUCCAGCGCCGGACGGUAUCUCUGGUGGUCAGCUGAAUCUUGAUGAUCUACUCGAUGCUGCUAUCGCUAUGCUGCCCAAGGAUGCAUAUGCACUUCUGCUCCUGGUUAAUCAGGAUCUCUACGAGGAUGAAGAUGAUGAAUUCGUUUGCGGUCGUGCGUAUGGUGCGAGCAGGGUUGCAGUGGUCUCCAGCUCAAGAUAUAACCCGGCGUUGGACGAGCACCAAUCGGUUGAAAGACUCCAUGCUUGGCCCGCAUCGCACUGCGAGGAAUACAUCUCCACGUGUUGUACCAAAUCACGGUCAAAUGUAAAGCGACAAAAGACAUCAAACUUGCAAAAGCCAAACAAGUCCAAAGACCCACACUCCAACUCAUCUUCACCCCUCAUGGCCGCAAUGUCCAUUUAUCGGGACUUGGAGACCAUCAAUCCGUCUCCAUCGGCCCUUUCAACUCUCUGGUUGGGCCGAGUAUGUCGUACUGCCGCACACGAGCUUGGACACUGUUUUGGUAUCGAUCAUUGCGUCUAUUAUGCCUGUGCUAUGCAGGGUACAGGUUCAAUUCGUGAAGAUGCACGACAACCUCCUUUUCUCUGUCCAGUGGAUCUGGCCAAACUCACCUAUGCCACAGGGGCUACAGCGACGCAAAGAUACAAAGCGCUCAUUGAUUUUUGUGACAGACCUCAAUACAAAAACUGUCUCUUCUUUACGCCCUUUGCGGAAUGGAUUCGAGAGGUGUUAGACCCAACGUCGCAAUGA